UUGUUCUCUGAUUGGUCUUUGUCAGGUGCCAAUCAAUCCUGGGACCGCCCUCUCAUAAUGCAGCAUGGGCGAAAAUAUCAGCCCGAGACGGAACAUCUAAGGAGCGGUUCAUGCUAUCGUCAAAAGGCUUUUGAGCGAAACUAAGUGAUGUUUCAACAAUGCCGAUCGUGGACAAACUCAAGGAGGCGUUAAAACCAGGUCGAAAGGAGUCCGGCGAUGAUGGCGACCUCAACAAACUGCUGGCCUCCUCCGCCAAGAAAGUUCUUCUGCAAAAGAUCGAGUUCGAGCCUGCCACUAAAGGUUUCUCAUACCAGUUGGACAGCUUGAAGAACAAGUAUGUGAUCCUUAAUCCUAGGAAUGAGGGUGCCACUGGGCAGAAGCCUGCAGAGCCUCCCCAAAUAAAGAGGCAAGUUUCAGAGAACUCUGUCGGGGGUCAGGGUGAUGGUAUCCCCACACCACAAAAAAUGCUCUUUCCGGUGAAUAAGCUGACCCUGAAAUGGGAGCGAGUGUACCGGGUAGGGGCUGGCCUCCAUAACCUGGGCAAUACCUGCUUCCUCAACUCCACCGUGCAGUGUCUCACCUACACGCCGCCGCUCGCCAACUACCUGCUCUCCAAGGAGCACAGCCGCGUGUGCCACCAGUCAGGCUUCUGUAUGAUCUGCGUCAUGCAGAACCAUAUCAUCCAGACGUUUGCCAACACUGGCAAUGCCAUCAAGCCUGUGUCCUUCAUCAGAGACCUGAAAAAAAUUGCCCGACAUUUCCGUUUCGGUAGCCAGGAAGAUGCUCAUGAGUUCCUGCGGUACACCAUUGACGCCAUGCAAAAAGCCUGUCUUAAUGGCUACCCAAAGCUUGACAGGCAGACGCAGGCCACAACACUGGUUCACCAGAUUUUUGGAGGUUACUUGCGAUCAAGAGUGAAAUGUUCCAUUUGCAAAAGUGUGUCUGACACAUACGACCCUUACCUGGACAUCGCUGUGGAGAUACGGCAAGCGGUAAACAUUGUGCGCGCCUUGGAGCUGUUUGUGAAACCUGAUGUUUUAAGUGGAGAGAAUGCCUAUAUGUGUGCCAAGUGCAAAAAGAAAGUGCCGGCAACCAAGCGCUUCACUGUCCAUCGUACAUCGAAUGUACUGACGCUUUCACUGAAGAGGUUUGCCAACUUCAGCGGAGGGAAAAUAACAAAGGAUGUUGGCUAUCCAGAAUUCCUCAACAUCCGUCCCUACAUGUCUCAGAGCUCAGGUGAUCCUGUCAUGUACGGCCUCUACGCUGUUCUGGUUCACUCCGGCUACAGCUGUCAUGCUGGCCACUACUACUGCUAUGUCAAGGCUAGCAAUGGACAAUGGUACCAAAUGAAUGACUCCAUGGUACACUCAAGUAACAUUAAAGUGGUCUUGAACCAGCAAGCUUAUGUACUUUUUUAUCUGAGGAUCCCUGAAACUAAGAAGAAUGCAGAUGGGCAAACCUGCAAGCAGGGGAUGUUGCAUUCCGGGAAGAACAGCGCUUCAUCAGAGCAAAUAAAGCGAGUGAAUCUGAACGGACCUCUCUCCUCCCCGCAGGUCACAAAGAAACUUGAGCCAGCACAACUGCGUAAGAUCCAGUCCAUGGAUGGCGGUUUGGGCCUGCCCGUUGCCAGAAACGGCCUGAGCGCUCCAGCGCUGCUCCAGCAGCCCCGUCUCUCCAGUUGGGCGUCGUCCUCCAAUGGCACCAAACAGCUAGGCGGGCCCACAGUUAUUGAAGAACCCGUCAAGAAGCUGAAGAAACCCUCUCCCCAGAGCCAAGCGCAGUCGCGCUGCAGCACGCCGACACCGUCCAACACCAGUAUGGGUAGGACAGACGGAGACAAAAAGCAGGGUGGCGACAGCAGAGGCCUCAUAGCGUCUACCUCAAUUAAAUCUCUGUCAGACUCGUCCUCUGCGGACAACACAGAGUCAAAGGACAUUGCGGGUCCUAAGAGUGCGCCAGCGGGAGAGGUUCCCUCCACACCUUGGAAGGGUUCUGGUAGUGUAGCGUCUCCCGCCAAGAGCAUGGCGCGCUCGCAUAGCGCGGAGGAGCAGAGGACAGUGAAAAUGAAACCCCCCGCUAUCAACAACCUCUCAACCGAAGCCACCAGCAGUCCCAUGUCGCCACCCCCUGCCAAAAAACUGGCUCUGUCGGCUAAGAAGGCGCUCACCCGGAGUCCGAUCAGCAUUGAUGCGCCACCCCUGUUGCCACGACAACUGUACGGAGACCCAAUUCAUCCAAAUCACACUAACCACUUUGCCACUGCUUCGCCUACUCACACUCACAGAGCUGCUUCAUCUCAUUCCCCAAAAGUCCACUCCUUACAUUUGGCCCACUUCAAACAGCAAAUCCCACGUCUCCCUACGACGCGAAUGCCAAACGCCAGCCUUUCCCUCAAUGGCUUUCACAGCCCCGCCCAAAAGAGCCCCAAGUCUUUCCUCAGCCCUGAGCCGCAAGAAUCUAACGGCCCCCUGACUCAAAACCAAAAGAAGAAGAAGAAGAAAAAGAAGCGGCGCCAUUCUGAGGUGGAAGCUGACACAAUUCCCGACACAACCCCAGCUGCAGCGCCUCAAUCUAACCCCGCCGAUGAAAAGAAAAGAAAGAAGAAAAAGCGAAAGAGGGAGCAAGAAGAGGGCGCAAAGACAUCACAAAGACAAUGUGUCACAUCUCAUUUGGAGUCCACAAAGCAGAAGCAGCAGGACGAAGAGGAGGAGGACUGGUGUCAGGCCGGCAUGUGGAGCCUCUCUACCCAUCAAGAAACGGAGGGGCCAAAGAAAACGCGAGAUUCGGAAGCGGCGUCCAAGAUGAAUCGACAAGAUCAAGUGAUCAAUUGCGCAUCGAUAAAAAAGAAAAAGAAGAGGAAAAGGAAAAAGUUGAUGCUAAAGGCUUUGCAGGAGACAAACGCGUGUGAAGCAUCGCAAAGCCGUUCUAAGUCCAAGGCCGCAAUCGAUCCAAAAGAUACAGGGGAGUUGAUCAUGCAAAAAAAGAAAGUCAAAAUGAAGAAGAAGAUGAGGCUAAAGGAAGAAGUGAGACAAGACCAAGAGAGAUGGCCCACCUCCGAGGGGCAGAACGGUGAUUUUGACGCAGCCGAGCCACCCCAUAAAAAGAAUUCAACAGAGAGUGAAAAGCCACACAAGCAAAGCAGUGCAAAAGUGGUAGUUUGGGACAGUCAGGUUAAGGAUGGAUACAAGCGCUCUCUGGCGCCAGCAGCCGACGCAAACACAUCAGGAAGCGCCCCUGCAUGUGCUUCUUGGGACGGCAAAAAGACUAGCGACGUAGUAGUGGAGCUGCUCAGAAACGCCUCAAACCAUGCCUAUGGUGCUAGCGUCCUCAGCUGGGAUGGAGAGGUGUCUGCUGUCAGCCAAGAUGCCAUUGACGAUGUGCGUCAUGCCAAGUGUGACGCUGUGAUCGAUGAGUGGGAUGAAGAAUUUGACAGGGGGAAGGUGAAAAAAAUAAAAAGCUUCAAGAAAGAGAGGCAGAGAGGAGGUAGCAGAAUGUUUCAGAAGAUCCAGGACCGUCGCAAUAAGUGGUCCGUGACUCCCGGGGGGAAGAGAGUUUUUGGAGUGCGUCGGUAAGAGUCCAGUUUGCCCUACAUGGUCCUGCUGACUGGAAAUAGAGACAACACCAAACCUCUUGUUUUUUCUUGUUUUCACUUUCCUGAAUAAUGAGCCAAUAACAAACAAUUGUAUUUCAUAUUUCCAGAGUGAUUGCCACUCCUCCCCUUUUAACACCUCUAUGCCAUUAAAUUCCUCUGAGUCAUGAAAUCUUAGAGUAAAAUGUAACAUUUUAUGUCAGCCUCAGUUAGUGGCCUUGGCUUGGAUUUCAACAUUUAACUUUCUUCAUUGUUUUAUCUUUUAUCUGAAGGUCUUUUAUGUUGCAGUGCCAAGUGGCUAUUUUUUAAGGACCAAUUUUCCCUCUUUUAAACCAGGUCCACAUUUUCCACCAUUUAAUGAUACAUGCUGAUGGUCAGCUGAGUUUUUUUUGGUCAAUAGUAGUAAACCUAAAAUGGAAUGGAAUGAUACAAUCCAUUGUUCUGCUUGGUCCACAAUUCCUGGUUCAGUUGUUUAAAGGUAACAUUUCACCGUAUUUAUGCAGCAUUUUUAGGGAGGAAGAGGUAGCACCUCUUUGAAUUUGGACCUUUCUUAUUCUUAACGUCACUAUUCACGGUUCUUUGUUGUGAGAUUAAAGGGUUCAGUCUUUUCCAGUGGCAUAUCCACAUGUUAAUUUCUGUCCCCUCCUUGUUAUACUUCUAUGCAAGUUUUUUCUGCUGGUCCCCUCCAAAACUGGGCUGAGACUCAGGAAGUCCUCAACUCCAUUUACACUCAACUCCUUAUCGAUCUUUGCAACACAUUGUUGCAUUCUGUACAAACUGGUUUAUACUUGCAUAAACUGCGUGGCAUCAUCUUGCAUCAAUCAGGGCCCAGACGUAACAACAGUGCUUUUCCAAAGUGUACAGUCCAUCCUAUGCUGUAAAGAUUUGCCCGUGCACUUCUUUCCAUUCUAGAGGCCUUAAAUUGGCUAUAAAAAGAAGUAGUGUUCUGUAAAUGUAUCCUAAAAAAAAGAUAGAUCUUCAAUGUGCUACUACAACUUUGAUCAAUUGAUUGAUGUUACCUGCAAGUGUGUUUUUGUCUGUGUUAUUGUGCACUACAACAUGCACAGUGCAGAGGACGCACCAUUCAAUCUCAAAAAUGGACACAAAGGAGGAACAAUUAUCAGGGUGAAUGGAUGCUCCACACAUGUUUGCACCACCUUUUCUCACCAGGGUAGGACACCUUUCAUAAUGAAAGUGGUUCCUUCCAGCGCUGUAGUUGAAUAGAAAGGUGCAAUAAAAUUGUGACUUUUGUGA